AUAUAUUCUAACUCUGACUUAGUUCAAACAGUAACAUGGGCAAACUAUGAAUGGUUCGCUUUGAGAAACUCAGUACAACCACAAGCUAGAGAACAAACAGACCAGUAUGCAACUAUUGAGAAAAUAAGAAGACUUGACCCUAACGUUCCAGGAGUUUAUGUUAACCUUUCUGGACAAACUGCAGCAGCAGUAACCAAAGUAAAACUGAAACUUAGAGUUCCUUUGUCAUCUUUCCUCAUCUUUAGGUUCUUAAGAUACUUACCAAACUGGGCAGGAAAAAUUUCUAUCGAACUUACUCCAAGCAAAAAUAACUUAGUCAUUGCACCAACACAAGACCCAUUCACUAUUACAGACGUAAAGGGAACAAAUCAAACGUCAUUCGCUGAAUUUUGCAAAGACAAAGUUGACUUAGACUUUGGUUUCUCAAACUUCAACAAUGAAGUAAACUAUUAUUUCAAUGCUGCUGGAACUGCUUGGGACCCAGUUAAGUUCACAUGCGAAAAAUUUGAAUGCAAGAGAAUAGAAAGCAGACUUGCAGUCUAUAUGUUGGACCCAGAUAUUUCAAAUGCUUUAGCUGCCAAAUAUAUUGCAGUUCCACUUAUGUUCCCUAUACACCAAAUAUCUGUCAAAGACUUUGCAACCCUGGUAUUAAAUAUCAUAUAA